GACUCUGCUACUUUGUACUAUAAAAGGUUGCCUCAGUGCGUCGAGCAGUUCAGUCUUCGAUUAGAAUGCCAAUGUGCAGGACACGUAAACGUUAGUGUUAAGUGUUUUUGAAACGAACGCGCAGAGCAAAAGCAACAUUAUUCGCACAUAUAAAAUACAAUUGGAAUACAGUGAAGUGCCAGCGCGUUGCUCAAGAAGAAGAAACAUAAAAUAAGUUAAUCGAAUAAUAAAAUAAAAGAAAAGUGUGUGAAUUUUAUUUAGUUUACGAAAAUAUUGCAACUAAAUAAUAAUUGUGUGCAACUGACAAAAUUUUACGGGCGCGUCUUUACUUAACAACAAAUUACAACAAGAAAGCGCUUACUUCACGUGAUAAACGCACAGCAGCCGUGACAGUAGCCGAGCAGCCGAAGUGCGCGUUGCCUAUUAUUUGGUAUCCACAAAUUGGAACUCUCAUAAAUGCCACGCCGCGAGUGCACAACACUUGCAACACAAAUGAAAAUUUAUUAGCAUUUAAUUUGAUUUGAUUAAAUGUGUAUACUUAACAGUGCGGCAGUGGCGGAAAGCCAGCAAAACGAACACAAUUGAUUGGCAGCGGUCAAGUGUAUAUAUUUCCGGAAAAAGUAUACUACACAAGCCUUGUGGCAAGUGCACCGCGUGUACAUUGUAUGUGUUUUUGUGCAAAUUUUACGAACUAAACGAACGCUGGUGUAUGCCGAAAAUAGCAAAUAACGGUCAGAGGACUAAAAUAGACGCAUACAGGCAGCGCUAGUCGCCAAAAGUACGACACGAAGGAGCAAACGCCGAAGUCUAAGCAUUUAGCUGUGUGUUGCACGGUUUUGUACUGGCUUUUUGGUGCUUUUGUGGGCGAAUGAACGAGCGAGUGGCAGAGCCAAAAUUAAAGUCGAAAAAUACUUCGUGAAAAAUCAAGCGAAAAACACAAGGAUUUGUGGCGAACGAACUUUAACGAAACGAAAAGCUGAGUGAAACUCGCGUGGAAAAUAAGGAAAGUUCAUACAGUUGUUUGAAAAAAAUUGUAAAAAUACAACAAAAAUAUAAAAAGGUCAAUUUAAGCAAAAAAUAUAAAUUUUGUAAAUAAAUGACUGUAAAAAUUGCGUUAAAAAACAAAUUAAAAAAGUAAAAUUUAUAAAAAUUAUUAUAAAUUUAAAGUUGAAAAAAUUAAAUAAAAUAAAAAUAAUAAUUGAAAUACUACGUAAAGCCUACAAUAAAUACACAAAACGAAAAGUAAUUAAUUCCAAUACCAAAAACGUCAUGUUGCACGUUCGUGUUGCAAGCCAUGUUGCACGUAUGCUUAAGUAAUGCACAUUAACAUAAAAACAAUGCAAAUUGCAGCCAACAAGCGCACAUUUAUUAUUAAAAAAUAUUAACUCUACAUCGCCUUGUGGCAAGUAUCGCGUUAUGUGUGCAACUAAAAGUGUAUAGUAAAUGUUAAAAACGCACAACAAUGCGCAAAACAACAUUUGAAACUAUAACUGCAAGCAAUUGAGGCCAUAAAUUAAACCACAUUUAACACACACCAACAACACCACUACUUGCAACAUCCUAUUUAAUUUUUAAUUGCACCGCACUGUUUAAUUAAAUUCUUACACAAUGGCCAACUACUAUUUACAAAAACAACAAAGUACACAAAAAUUCUACCAACAUGCCACACUAGUCAUCACCGUGCUGCUAACGCUCAUAGCUGGCGGCAAUAUGCAGCAGCAACAGCAGUUGAUGCAACAAGCGCCCAGCUUGCAGCAGCAGCAGCAGCAACAACAUCAACAGCAGCAGCUGCAUGCGAGCAAUAGCAAACAGCAGUCACAGCAAGCGCAGCAGCAUCAGCAACACUCCAACGCCAUUAUGGGCGAGGCGGGCGUGACCAAUUCACAGUUGCCACAACCGCCUACGGCGACACAUUAUGGCGGCGCCAAUCUGCAGCCGGGUCUCGCAGGCGGCAUGCUUGCCGGCACUGCAGCGCAGGAUCCACGCUAUGAUGCGCCCGAUGAUUGCCAUUUUUUGCCCGCGGCCGGGCCGGAUAAUCCAGAGAUAGCGCUCACCUGCAAUCUGCGUACGGUCAAUAGCGAAUUCGAUACGACCAAUUUCAGUGUGAUACCCGCCGAGCAUACGGUGGCGUUGCAUGUCUUGUGCAACGAUGAAAUUAUGGCGAAGAGCUCGCUGGAGGCGCGCUCCUUUGCGCAUUUGGUGCGUCUGCAGGAGCUCUCCAUCCAAUACUGCAAGUUGGCCAAGUUCAAUCGACAUGUGCUGGAGGGUUUGGCACAGUUACGCAAUCUGACAGUGCGCACCAAUAAUAUACUCUGGCCCACGAUCAAUUUCGACAUUGAAGCCGAUGCCUUCGCGGUGGCCAAAAAUUUGGAACGUUUGGAUUUGUCAUCGAAUAAUAUUUGGUCCUUGCCGGAUAACAUCUUUUGUGCGUUGAGCGGUUUGUCAUCGCUGAAUAUGAGCGAGAAUCGUUUACAGGAUGUGAAUGAGUUGGGUUUUCGUGAACGCACACGUGAACAAGCGGCUAAUACGGAACACUCCACCGCAGCAACGCCUGAAGUGUCGACGAGGCGUCAGCAAACUGGCAGCAACGCUAGCAACACCAGUUGCAAUUUAGAUUUGGAGAUACUAGAUGUGUCUUACAAUCAUUUUGUCUUGCUACCGGCCAACGGUUUUGGCACGUUGCGCCGUUUGCGUGUGCUGCAAGUGAACAACAAUGAGAUCUCCAUGAUCGCGGAUAAGGCGCUGAGUGGUCUCAAGAAUCUGCAAAUACUCAACCUCAGUUCGAAUAAAAUUGUCGCCUUGCCUUCCGAACUCUUCACCGAGCAAGCUGGCACAAUACAGGAGGUAUACUUGCAAAACAACUCGAUUAGCGUGCUCUCACCUAAACUUUUCUCCAAUCUCGAUCAAUUGCAAGCGCUUGAUCUGUCACACAAUCAGAUCACCUCAACUUGGAUCGAUCGUAGCACAUUUGUGGGUCUGAUACGUCUGGUAUUACUCAAUUUGGCGCACAAUAAACUCACCAAACUCGAACCGGAGAUCUUCACUGAUCUCUACACACUACAGAUCUUGAAUCUACGUCACAAUCAGCUGGAGAAUGUCGCCGCCGAUACAUUUGCGCCCAUGAAUAAUCUACACACACUUUUGCUCUCACAUAAUCGUCUCAAAUACUUGGAUGCUUAUGCGCUCAAUGGGCUCUAUGUGUUAUCACUGCUCUCUUUGGACAAUAAUGCUUUGAUUGGCGUGCAUCCUGAGGCCUUUCGCAAUUGUAGCUCACUACAAGAUCUCAAUUUGAAUGGCAAUCAGUUGAAGACAGUACCCUUAGCAUUGAGAAACAUGCGUUUGCUACGCACGGUGGAUCUUGGUGAGAAUAUGAUUACUGUGCUGGAGGAUAACGCCUUCAAGGGCUUGGGUAAUCUUUAUGGUCUCCGCUUAAUUGGCAACUUUUUGGAGAAUAUCACAAUGAAUGCUUUCAAGGAUCUUCCGAGCUUGCAGAUACUCAAUCUCGCACGUAAUCGCAUUGGCGUUGUGGAGCCUGGCGCCUUUGAGAUGACCUCGAGCAUACAAGCGAUACGUUUGGAUGGUAACGACUUAAGCGAGAUCAACGGGUUGUUCAGCAAUAUGCCUUCCUUACUCUGGCUGAAUAUCUCAGAUAAUCGUUUGGAGCACUUUGACUACGCGCACGUGCCCAAUACGCUGCAAUGGCUGGAUCUGCAUAAGAACCGUUUGGGCGAGCUCUCCAAUCGUUUCAGCCUCGACACGCAAAUACGUCUGCAGACUUUGGAUGCGAGUUUCAAUCAAAUACAACGCAUUUCGCCCUCCUCUAUACCGAACUCUAUCGAAUUACUUUUCCUCAACGACAACCUCAUACACAUCGUCGAUCCGGACACUUUCAUGCAUAAGUCCAAUUUGACGCGCGUCGAUCUCUAUGCCAAUCAGAUCAGCACGCUGGACAUCAAAUCGUUACGCAUACUGCCCGUACAUGAACUGCGUUCGCUGCCUGAGUUCUACAUUGGCGGCAAUCCUUUCACAUGCGACUGCAACAUCGAUUGGCUGCAGAAGAUUAACCACAUUAAGUCGCGACAGUAUCCGCGUAUUAUGGACUUGGAGACCAUCUAUUGCAAACUGCUGAAUAACCGCGAACGCGCUUACAUACCACUCAUCGAUGCGGAGCCCAAGCAUUUCCUAUGCACUUACAAGACACAUUGCUUCGCGGUCUGCCAUUGCUGUGAGUUCGACGCUUGCGACUGCGAGAUGACCUGCCCCACAAAUUGUACUUGUUUCCACGACCAAACGUGGUCGACGAAUAUUGUGGAAUGCUCUGGCGCUGGCUACACGCAAAUGCCACGCAAGGUGCCCAUGGACACCACCGAGUUGUACAUCGAUGGCAACAAUUUUGCUGAGCUGCCAGGGCACACCUUCUUGGGACGCAAAAAUCUCGCUGUACUCUUCGUCAACAACUCGAAUGUACAUUCACUGCAUAACACAACCUUCAGCGGUCUCCGUAGGCUGUUGGUGCUGCAUCUCGAGGACAAUCACAUCGCCGAGGUGCGUGGCGAUGAGUUCAGCAAUCUGGAGAACCUGCGCGAACUCUACCUACAAAACAACCGCAUAGCCAGUGUUGGCAAUGGCAGUUUUGAGGCUUUACGUAAGUUGGAAGUGCUGCGUUUGGACGGCAAUCGGCUGGUGCACUUCGAGGUCUGGCAGUUGGCACUCAACCCAUACUUAGUCGAGAUUGGACUCGCAGACAAUCAGUGGAGCUGCGAGUGCAGCUACUUGAUGCGCUUCCGCACCUACCUCGCACAAACGGCCGAAAAGAUUGUCGAUGCGGCACGCGUCUCCUGUGUCUACAACAAUGCCACCAGUGUCCUGCGCGAAAAAAACGGCACGAAGUGUACGCUACGUGGCGAUGAGGUCACCACAUAUGCACAUGCUAGCGAAAUCGAACAUCUACUGCCGCUGCUCUUAAUCGCCACAUGUGCCUUUGUCGGCUUCUUCGUGCUCAUCUUGGGCAUCUUCUGCUACCGCCACGAGCUCAAACUGUGGGCACAUACCAAUUGUCUGCUCAACAUGUGUUAUGCAGGCCGCAAUGCGCACGGUUUCGUCGAGUCGUUGGACAAAGAUCGUCUGUGUGACGCAUACUUUGCUUACAGCUUACAGGAUGAGCACUUCGUUAAUCAAAUAUUGGCACAGACGCUGGAACAUGACAUCGGCUAUCGCUUGUGUUUGCAUUAUCGUGAUGUGAAUAUCAAUGCGUACGUAACGGAUGCCAUCAUCGAGGCCGCGGAGAGCGCCAAGCAGUUUGUGGUCGUGUUAUCGAAGAAUUUCCUCUACAACGAAUGGACACGUUUCGAAUAUAAAUCAGCAUUGCACGAGAUGGUGAAGCGGCGCAAACGUCUGGUCUUCAUACUCUACGGUGAUUUGCCGCAACGCGACAUCGACAUGGAUAUGCGUCAUUACUUGCGUACGAGCACCUGCCUGGAAUGGGAUGAUAAAAAAUUCUGGCAAAAGCUACGCAUCGCACUGCCGCACAUACGUAAGCGACCAAUCACCGCCAAUUGUCUGGCCACGCGCUCGGCCGUGAACAUUUACGCUUCAGCGCACGAAUACCAGCCCGCAGGCGGCAACAGCACCGUUGGUGGUGGCGUUGGUCUGCCAAAUGGACACCUCAGCGGUGCAGGCAUUGGCGUUGAUAAGGCGCACUACUCCGACUGCAACAACUAUGCAACCAUCAAUGAUUGCGGCGUUGGCGCGCGCGGCUAUGCGCCCAUACCUACCGCCACUGCUGCCUGCAAGUUCAACACACUCAAUGAGCUCUCGCACAAAAUGCAUAAAAAUGAUUUGCUGAAUAACAUCGGCGGCGCCGGCAGCGGUAUGUGUGGCAUUGGGCUCGGCGGUGGCGCCAAAACGCUCGAUCAUCAUCACCACCUCCGCGCGCAUCAGCAGCACGAGUACGCGGUGCCCGCUUAUUUGGGUACGCUGAGCAAUGGCCAUGUGGGCGGCGGUGGUGGCAACGCGCCUACCUACGACAGCGUCGACUACGCCAAGCAGAAGCUUAGCGCCAGCAACAAUUGCGACAACUGCACUGUCGGCACACAGAAACGCGUCACUAAAGGUGGUCUACAUCCCAGCUUCUCAUCCAAUUUCACAGCGCCGCCUAACGGCACACUCACUGGCGCUUGCUACAACAGCUAUAAUUGCAAGAAACCAUGCAAUUGUGGCGCGCGCAAGCACGCGUCUGCCGCCAGUGAUGACGGCAUCAGCUGUCGCUGUGGCACCGCGAGCAGCGGCGCGCCAAAGGAGCUAGCCACUUCAACAGCGGCGCCAACGCCGGCGCUGGCUGCGUCUGCGACCACGUGCAGCAGCAAUAGCAGCAACAACAGCGAACGCAGCAGCAGCGUCACCAACAGCAGCAAUAACAGCACCAGCUCAGCGGGUAGCGGCAAUCGCCAACCAACCGAGCAGCUGGCACACUACGAAUCCAGUUUAUCGCUGAACGAGAGCGCGGCACUGAAUGGGCCACUGUGGGCGUAACAACAACUGGAUUUGGGUGGCGGCAUUGCGGGCGGUAAAACACGCAUGGCGGUCUGCUUGAAUGUGUAAGCGCGCCCCGAACCAAUUGCCUAGCAAACGCAAUGAAAAUUUCUAUGUAUUUUUAAGUGUGUAUGCGUGCGUGUGUAUAUGUGUCAGCAAGUGCUUCAAAUUGUGCUCGUGUGUAUGGGUUAGUGUUAAAAAUGUAAAGCGCGUCAAAGCGCCAGAGACAGACUGUGCAACCAGUGAAUUUAAUUAAACGCCUGCAAGCGCACACAUAUACAAAUGUGUGUGUGUGUGUGCGCAUAUGCGUAUGCAGGCAGUCAGGCAACUAGUAGUUCUUGUAUGUGGGCAGUGUAUGUGAAUUGUUCAGGACACUUGCUGUGGCACGCUUAGGCAGUGGCAUGUGUUGAAGCGACUCGCACAAAUAUGAGACUUUGUAAAAAGUAGCAAACCAAAAGCAAAACUAGCGAACUAAAAACAGAACAGAAAAAAGCAACAAAACAAACACAAAACAAAGCAAACAAACAAACUACGUAAAACCGCUAACUAGUUCUAGUUACUUAAAUUAUAAUUAUGAAAUUAAACUUAAAUUAUUACUUAACAACUAAGCACUUAGCAAAGCGAGGCAGGCAACUGAACAAAAUAAGAUGAAAUACAACAAAUGAUUUUCACUAGCAUUAGUAUUUACCAUAUAGCGGUUAAUAAGUGUGCUUGUGUGUGUGCGUGCGUGUUUAUUGUAUUUGUAUAUGCGUGUAAAUAUUUAAAGAUAUUUGAUUUCUUUUUGGACUUCAAUAUAGCAAAACGAUAAAGUUUGAAAAUUUAAAUAUAAAAAAUUAAAAUUGUUAAAUAGACUGAUAAAAUUAGUUAUUACGUUUAAGUUUCUUAUAAAUACUAAUUAUUAACAAACAAAAUGAAAAACACAAAGACAACUAAAAAAAUUUUAAAAUAAGUGAAAAAUGCAAAAUAAAGUUGAGAAUCUAUUAUUGGCGCUUAAACAAAAUUAAAAAAUAUUGUUUUCUCAUUUAAUUUGGCAAAAUUUUUAGGGAAGCGAUAUUUUGCAGUUGAGCAAACACAUUGCAUGAGGUGUUGGUAAUUUUAAUAAUAGAGAGAAAGGGUGUGAAAUGAAAAAUAAUUUUUUUUAGGAAAUCACAAUUUAAAAAGCAUUUGCAAAACUUAAUGUUAAAUUAAGACGAAGAUUUAUACAUUAAAUUAUUUUUCAUAUUUUUUAUAUUUGACUCAGAAGCUUCAAUUAUUUAAAGGUUUUUCAUAUUUUUUUUUAAUUUUUGACUCAGAGACUUUUGAAUUUUUCAUUCUUGACUAAAUAAGCUUCAUGUUCUUCAUAUUUUUAGUUUUUGACUCAGAGGCUUUAAAUAUCUAGUUAUUGUUUAUUUUAUAUUUCUUGGUUAUAGAGGCUGCAAAAAUUUAGUUAUUUCUUAUAUAUUUAAUUUUUCAUCAAAGUAGCUUUAAAAUUUUAAUUAUUUUUAUAAGUUUUGUUCGCUGUCGGUUUUUUCAGGAAAGGACAUUUUCAUUUCGCAAAAAUUUCAUAUUGAAAAUUUUUCAAAUCCCUCAAAUAACAAUACAACAGAUAGCCAUAAUAUUUGUAGUUCUCGAAUCAUGCUUCAAAAGUGCUAUUUUGUGGCGUAAUAAAAAAAUUCGUUAACAGCGCUUAAAGGUAGGCAAUGUUAAAAGUAAUUGCAUACUUUUGGGAUUAAUAUUUGUUGUUCUCGAAUCACGCUUCAAAUUUUUACUAAAAUAUCAGAAUAUGUAAUAAUUUUUUGGUAGACUAUGAUUGGUUUCUCGAAAUUAAAUAUUUUCAAUUUUUUUUAAGUCAAAUGUACUAUAUUGAAGAAUUGAGCUAAGAACAGUUGUCAGAGUUAGCAGUUCAAU